GGAGAGUGAAUGCAGCGGUCGCAGAGCUGCCGUACGCAAUCUGCGUUAGUGGAACAUCACACGUCCACUCCAGCAUCCCUGCAACUUCAGCCAUGAGUUUGCUUCACUUCUCAACCCUUCUGGCAGUCGCUCUUCUAGUGCGGGCUCAGACGCAGCUUUUGCGGGGCUCCUGCAGUUUUGAGUCGGACAGCUGCGGCUACACGUCUGAUCCCGCUAAUGCUGCCUGGACCAUCAACCAGGAAGGCCGCUUCAUCAUAGCGGAGUCCUCAUCUUUUGGUGAGAAAGAGAAGUAUGUCCUGGUCAGCCCAGAGCUUGAGCUCAGAGACUGGAGCUGUGUGCGGUUGGUCUAUCAGAUCUCAGGCUCAGGCUCUCUUCAACUGCACUUACGACCCGAGGGUGAGAACUUUGACUACACGUUAUGGACGGCGGACAAGCCCUCAGACAGUUGGCUCAUUGCCAGUGUGGACAUCCGCAAUAUGUCUGGGGCUUACCAGCUAUUAUUUGACGCUAAACCCAGAAGAGGAAUGGGAAAUAGCAUUGCUCUUUUUGAAAUACACAUCAUCCCUGGAUACUGUAUAGAGUGCAACUUUGAGGAGCACCACUUGUGUGGCUACAGUAAUCAGUGGAAUCCCAAUGUGAACUGGUAUGUGGGUGGGAGUUUGGCCCGGGACCCUCAGUCAAACCUUCCAGAUGACCACACCAUGAAUAAUGAGAGAGGUCACUACAUGUAUGUGGACUCAGUUUAUGCUAAAAGGUUCCAGGAGGUGGCCAAGUUGGUGUCGCCAAUGACUACCACUUCAAUGGCAGGGUGCUUGUCCUUUUACUAUCAAAGGGACCAAGCCAUUGGGAAUUUCUUCUCAGUCUUCACUAAGGACCAGCUGGGCCACUAUGAUGAGAUAUGGAGGCCUGAUGUGUAUGCGACAACAGAUUGGAAGUUAGUGCAAGUGGAUAUUAAGGCACCACAUUCUUUAGAGAUGGUGUUUGAGGUGGCGUUCAACAGUCCUCGUGGUGGCUAUGUCGCUUUGGAUGACAUUUCUUUCUCCCCAGAAUUUUGCCACACAGAGACAGAGCCAGCGUUUGACCCCUCUGUGGCAAACUGUAACUUUGAGGAGGGCCUGUGUCAGUAUUAUCAGGAACAGACUGGAGGUUCAGUGUGGAACAGGGUCUCUGUGAAACCAAAUGUUUACCGCAUCGGGGAUCACACUACAGGCACUGGGUCUUUUCUCUUGGCCAACACUCGUCAUACCUCUCGUCCAGGGUAUGUGGGUCGUCUUUUUGGACCGUCCCUACCAGGGAACCAUAAAUACUGCCUCAGGUUCUACUAUGCCCUGCAUGGCUUCAUGAAAAUAGAUAAUGCUCUGGCUCUCUAUGUCUAUGAUGAAAACAACAUAGCUCAGGAGAAAAUCUGGACCGUGUCUGAGAGGUCUAAAGAUGUUUGGACAGAGGUGGAAGUCACAUACCUAAAGCCCAUGCCUACUAAGGUAGCAUUUGUCAGCAUCUGCAGAAACUUCUGGGACUGUGGGCUUGUGUCUCUCGAUGACAUCUCAGUGACCCUUGGUGACUGUCGGGUUGCUGCAGAUCCUGGAGACAGCAUCGCAUACUCAGGAUUUUCUGAAAAUUUUAAUGAAAUUGAGUACUGA